AAAGCAGAAGCCAAAUUUUUGGCUGCCAUCCACACGCGGGAACUCCGCCAAUCCACCCCUCCGUCCACGAUACCGGCUACCCGUGUAUUCAGACCCAGAAACCCAAGAGACGAAUUGACCGACGAGGCCGCCCCCCACCCUCCAAUUUCCGGGUCCUUUCUGAUCAAGCACAGCCGCCCCGAAAUCUCCCACUCACCCACGCCGAUCCUCCCUCAGCUCCUUCCCUCAGUUCGAGUUGCCCGCCGCGAUGGCGCAACCCGCGGUCCAAGCCGCAAAGACGGCGUUCAGGAGAUUCAGAGAGCUCCAUGGCGUGGUGAUAUCCGCAGGGUUGAUGGACAAGACGGUCAAAGUGCGGGUAGGGGGCCAAAAGUGGAAUAACUGGGUGAAGAAGUUCUUCGACGACCCGAAAACGCACCUGGUGCACGACCCCAACAACUCGCUCCGCCUCGGCGACAUCGUGGCCAUCACGCCGGGCUGGCGCGUCUCCAAGAGCAAGCGGCACGUGGUGAAGCACAUCAUCGCGCCCGGGUCGGGCGUGCCGAUCGAGGAGCGCCCGCCCGUGCCGACCGAGGAGGAGCGGUGGGCCGAGCGCGAGGCCGAGCGCGCGCUCAAGGCCAAGCGGCGCGCCGCCAAGAAGAUGGCCGAGCGCGUCGAGGCGCAGCUCGGCCGCACCGAGCUGCUGCUGCGCAAGGCCAGGAAAGAGUUCGCCCUGCGGGCGAGGCUAAUGGGCCUCAAUCUCGAUCCGAAACAGCUUGAGGCCGGGGGUGCGGCCCAGUCGCAACAAUGACGGUGUGUCGGAGAGAGGGAGGCGAGGCAUAGGGGUGGCGGUUGGUUUUGGGGGGAAGUUAUUAUGAAACCUGGCUGCGCCGUGUAUAAAUUCUGUCGAAGGGGGGAAACUGUCGUGGAAAUUCCCGUGUAUCUGUACGAUCAGGCCAUGUAGCAUACGAAAGAGGGCGUUGCUGUGCUUUCAGAGGCCAUACUUAUAUGAUCAAGCGUGAAG